AUGACUUCUGCAUCAGGAGAAGCAACGCAGAAGCUCAAAGAGAUCAAUGAAACAAUACAGAGAGAUUUCAAAUACGAUCCCAAUCUCCUCUUUGUUGAUACAUUCGAAAGAAUCUCUUCAAACUUGAAUCAAAUUUUCAAUCUCAUCAAGGAAUUAAAUAAUGACGAACAAAAUUAUUGGAUUAUCUAUAAUAUGUGCAUUACAGUCCUCCCAAUAUGCGAACGCUUAAUUUUUGCAGGAUAUUCAGAUCAUAUUCUCGAAUUAUUGUUAAAUAUUUACAGAGAAGUUUCAUCGAAUCUAAUCUUCAUUACAUCUCGAUAUGUUCCUCUUAGAAUGAAAUUUUUCUCAAUAAUUUGUUUGGCUUUUGCAAAUACUCAAGAAACGCGCGAAAAAGAUGCAGAAACAUUCAUCACUACAUUCAAAAACGAGAUGAUCGGAUACAAACAGCUCGAAGAACAAAAUGUCAGUGGAUUAUCUGAACAAAUUACAGUUUGCACAGGAGAAACGAUGACAUACGAGCAACUUUAUGCAUCAGUUUUCAACAUUAUUGAGUUAAUUUCUGUUCAUUUUACUGCAUCAGAAGAUCUUAAUUUAGAUAAUUCAAAUUCUACUCACAGACAAGAUAAAAAGGCUCCUAAAGCUCAAAAAGGCAAAGGUAAAGAUGAAACACCGCCACAGCAAAUUGUUCUACCAAACAAAAGAGUUGUCGAAUUAAUUUCAAAUUCUUAUUCAUCAAAAGGCUCCAAGAACGAUUUUGCAACAAAAUACUCACAAUUACCACAAUCUUGGAUGAAUCCAGAUUGCAAUUUUGGUCCAGCUCUUCUUCACAGAAUUUUAUUUGCAUUUCUUAAAUCCAAAGCCCAAAUUGAUUCAAUUGAAGGUCUCAAAGAAACAUUUCCAGAUGAUCCAGUUAUAAAUACAGCCAUGGCUCUCAAAAAUAACGACUGGGCCGAGAUCGGAAAUAUCUUAUACAAAUUAACCAAAUCAGACAUCCAAGAAGACCUUGUUUUCUACAAUUCCCUUGCAUCUCAACUCUGGCGCAAGUACUCCAAAGGCGAAAUCACCGAUGUUCUCCCUUUAAGAGGUGCAUUGAAAAUUUUUGUAAAUUCUCCAUCUCCUUGUCCAAUGCAAGUUUCAUUAAUUGCCUUGAAGCUUGCCUGGUACUUUGAUAGCCAAAAGGAUUACGAUCAAGCCAUGCAAGUUUCAGAAGACGCUCUUUCUGUUAUUGAGAAUUUUCGAGACAUUUUCGCCAUCAGAAAAUCCGAAAAAAUCAUUUCUUCGAACAAAAUCCCAUGUAAACCACUCGAUAACAACUUUAUACUUUUCGAGAAGUGGUUGGAAUGUUUGCAUGUCGAUGUUUUGACGAUUCUUUUCCGUUCAAAAUUGAGUUUUGGUUUGGAAAUGGAAUCAGAAACAGCGAAGCAAGAUUUUGCAAACGAAAUCGAAGAAAUGAAGAAAGAAAGAGAGAAAACACGCGAAUUAUAUGGUAAGCUUUCUCUUAAACAACAGCAGCAUUAUGAUGAAACAAUCACAAGACAAUUUAAACCUCCAAAUCAUUCAGAAGGAGUUGAAAAUGAGCUUUUGGAGAGAUUUAAAUCAAACAACAUGGCAAAAGCAAUUUUAUACAUCCAAAUGUCUUUCUUCAGGCCAUCGAAAGCAGGUGUUUUCCUUGAGAAAGCAAGGAAUUGCUUAAACGAUGCCAUUAAGCAAGAAAUUUCUUUUGCAAGUCCAAUUGUUUACAUCAAUAGAAAUGAAGCUGCUUUUGUUUACACAGGAAAUCAACAAAAUGCAAAAACAAUUGCAUUAUAUGGUAAAGAAUCAAAUAAUGCAACAUCGUUUGGUCUCACACUUGCUAACACUGCUUUGCAAGGUACAGGUAUCAAACAAGAUAAAAUUGAACCAUUAAUCGUUACAAAUUUGAAGCCAAAUUAUUCUUAUACAUUUGGUUUCGCUGCUUACGACGCAAAUGAUGAGAUUAUUGAUACAAUUACGGAUAUAUUCACUUGCACGACAUGCCACCAUUUGUCUACAGAACUCAUAUGGUCAUACAUCGCUUCAGCAGCUUUCCAACUCAAAGAUAACAUUUCCUUCGACCAAAGUUUAUCAACUUUGUUAACAACUUUUUCUGAUGUCCCUCAAAAUUCUGAUGAGGCACUUUUCUUUAAGAAUUCAAAUCCGUUCAAUCGCUUCUACUUGAAACCAUUUACAUUUAAUUCUCCUGCUCCUCUUUUGCAGGCCUUUUCAACUGCAUUAAUCAUGGCCGCUCGUUUAUUCUCAAACAAACCAUUGCAUGCUACAGCUUUUCACAAAAUUGCUUUGGAAUUAUCACAAGUUCUUGGCAACCAGCAGUUAACAUUACAGAUUUGUUAUGAGAUGUUCACAAUCUUGCAGCCAAUCUUAGUUAACUCAUACCACGCGAGAUGGGUUAUUCAUCCUUUGUUGUUCAUUAUUACUGCAUUGAAAUCGAACAAAUCAACACAAAAAGAUCAAGUUCAUCAGGACAUAAUUUCUCGUGCAAGUUUCGCUUUGGACAAUGCUUUCGUCAACUUGUACCAAGAGAAACAAUUAAGUGUCUUCGUGAUGAACUCCAUUAUUGAAAUGCCUCCAAAUCCAAUGCGAUCAAGCUUCAUUAUGUUUGCAAGCAGAUAUCAUUUGCUUGAAAACUCAAUUCAAGAUUCAUCUUUGCCAUUGGCUGCUGCGGAUUUAUUCAGGCAAUCAGCUGAAAAAUCUCAUGAUGACUUGUUUGCCAAGUACAAACAAGAUCCAGGAUAUCUUUGCAGUGCUGCUUAUCUAGUUGCAAAUGCUCAUAAUGAUGGAUUACUUGCACAAGGAAUUUCAUGGUCAAACACUGCUUUAGAACAUGCGAAAACUCUUUUAGAUGAUGACAAAAAGGACAAAAAAGGAAAAGCAAAGGAACAAACUAAAGCAAAGCAAGCGAAGAAACCUGUGAAAAAGGAUAAGAACGCUUCAACACAAGGAAGUAGUGAAGAUGUCGCUUCUGUUGCUGCUGCAAGUAAAAUCCAAAGUUGCUGGAUGAAAUACAACAAUUUAAUGAAGAAUUUGAAGAAGUUUAAUGACGCAAACAAGUAUAGAUGUGCGUUAAACAUGUUGAAUGCCAUGUGUAUGAUAGAACAAGAAUCAUCUACAACAUCGACAUCAACAGCAGCAACAACAGAAAGAGGAAAGAAAUCAAAAUCGAAACCAAAGAAAGAAAAAGACCAGAAAAACCAAGAAAACGAAGAAACGAAAGAACAAAUCAAUGAUAACUCCAUACAGAUCAUAACAAUGCUUCUAAGAGCAAUUGUUUUGGCUCAAAGAUGUGGAGAAACAACUGUAAUUCGAAGCUCAAUUAAUGUUUUGACAGAUUUUGCCAGAAAAUUAAAUCAAGGAUGUGGAGCUUUGAGCGGAGAGAAGCCAUUCUUGGACAUGGCAACACAUAUAUUGAUCCAGAUCAUUCCUCUCGAAGAACAGACCUCGCAAACACUUGUUAGAGAACUUUUCUUAUGCUUGUUAAGAGGAAAUAUCAAUGUUACACAGCAUUUGAUUGAUUCCAGUUUAUUAAAUGCACAAUGCACAAACAAUUUAUGGAUGAUCAAUAGCAAGGAACUUCCUGAAGAACUUGCCAAUGCACAGACAGUUAUACAAAGAAGAGAACCAGCAGAAAACAUUUAUUAUCAAGCAUCUGAUUUACUUGAUAAAAUACAGACGAAAUUGUUGAAUGAAAAUGAUGUAAACAAUGCAAUUAAAACCGUUGGAGAUCUCGCAAUUGGAUUACAACAUAAGCAAAGGUUAUCAAUGUCCUGCACAUUGCUUAGAAGAUUGGCUUUCAUCUUGUUCGAAAUGGGAGACAAAGAACAAGCAACAUCAAGAUUAAAUGAAGCUUUAGAAUGUCAUUUUAGAACAAUCAGAGUUUACGAAAAAGUUGACCAAAUAAUACAAGAAGACACAGAAGAGAAGUUCUAUCAGAAGCAUUCGUGGAGUGGCUGCCUUUCCAUCUUCGCAACUUGCAGUCUCCUCGCAAUGAACUCUGAUAGAAACAGAGCAAUGUUAUACUCCAAAUUGGCUUCUCAUGCAAUUUCGUCACUUUUUGCUGGUUGUCCAUUGAAUCCAACGAAAUCAAUUGACUUCGCCUGCUACGAACCGAGUGAGAUCAUCCCUGGAAUUGACAUAUUCUCAAGCUUAGAUGCAAAUCAGAGGUUGUUAUUACCUGUUCCUGCUGAUUACAUGACAAUUGCAAUUACAAACCAUUUGUCAAGUUUGUUGAGCUACGAAAUGCACUUUGAGAUGUUCAAACCAUUGUCAUUUGCUCGCCACUACUUCAGAUUCAUCUCAAGGAACCCUCAGUUGCUCGCAAGAACAAGAAUAACAAGUGCAAUCAUCUGCGCAGAAUUCGGUUUGCAAAAAAGUGCCAUUGAAAUCAUGUCUGAUGUUGCCACGAAUUUCGGAGCAACAAGAAGGACAAAGGAAUACAUUCCUACACCAACAACACUCAAGAGAUUCGAGUUCUCCGAAACAGAGCCCGUUUAUUCCCCAACGAAUCAAGAAUGCGUCAGACAAUUAUCUUCUUCAACAACAAUCCAACAAAUUGCGGCAAUGCAUGGAAUGCCAAUUUCCGCGCAGUACGCAAUUGCCGUCAGUCGUAUUCUCCAAGCUUUCUACGAAACAAACGACCCAGAAAGCAGUUUGUCGCAAACAGACAACAAGCAGAACCAAAGCGCAAGAAGAGCAAGCCACAAGAAAGGCCAUGCAUCAAGAAAAGACAACAAUAAUGAUGCAACGGCUUCUUCUUCAUCGAUGCCUGCAAUUGACGCAUUCGAGAUGACCGUUAAAUCUGCCAGCCAAAUCAUCACUGAUUUACUCGCCAAAGAAUUCAAUCCAAUGCAAAGUUUGAUCAAAGCGGAGUUGAAAUUCGAACUGGCGAACUUGAAGUUGAUGAUGUGGUCAUGGGAAGGAGCAAUACAAGCUGCUAAAGAAGUCAUCCAACAGAUAGAAGAAAUCGCAAAGGAUCUGAACCAAAUUCCUCAAUCAAUUUCCGAUCGACCACUUUAUUUGCCGACUGGUUUAUCAACACUUUCAACGGCAAUUAUCGGAAAAGCUGCUUUCAACAUCCAUGAUUUGGCAACAGCUGAACAAUUUGGUUCUCCUUACAUCAAAUCAUUAGUUAUGAUACAUAAAGCGGACACAGAAUCAGCUGCAAUUUUGUUAUCUCAAAUUGCUCUUUCAAAACCAGUAACCGCUUUUUAUAGAGAACAUAUUUUAUCAUGUGGCCAAUUAGCUACAUUGUUCUGUUUCAACAAGAAACUUGUAGAAGUUUGUGCCUCGAAGUUACCACAUAAUUUGAGGAACAAAUUGCAACCGAAUUUAUUAAUUGAUUCGAUUUGCAAUGAUGUCAUGAAGUUCUACACAGAUCAGCUCGGAAUGUCAUCAACAACAAACAAAUUCAUAAGAGGAACACAUCUUAUUGUUCGUUUGAUGUUGUUGUCAGCUGUUGUUCAAGCAAAUUAUGGAAAUCCAGGAAAUUCAGCUGCAAUUAUCCAAAAUGCAAUUGAAACAAUGAAAACUAAUUGUCCUUUCAUCCAUCACGGCUUGAACUUCCUUUUAACCGCAAAUUCGGCAGCUGUUCAAAUGAAAUCGUUCAUGUCGCAGUAUCCAACAUGCAUCCAAUUUUGGAACCAACCAUUGAAUCCAUUAGCUGUUGAUCCGAUGUCUAAAUAUCCAUUGGAAACAGUUAAAUCAAUACAAGGAUUGUUGAUGACAUUGUUCAAAUCCAAUCCUGAUUGUGUCGUUCAUCCAAUGAGUAACCAAUGCUCUUUGGAUCUUUGUUUAUUGACUGGUUUGAUAAAUGAUGAUGAAAAAAGAGCAGAACAAACAUUUGCAACUCUUAAAAUGUCAACGAGUGUUAGAUCUGCUGCAAGAUUCAUCCAAUCAAUCAUCCAGACAACACCAGAUACUGUUCCUCCUGCAAGCUGCCCAGUUAAACUUCUUAAUGAUAACAAAGACACAACGUUAAGAGGAUUGGCUGCUGCUUAUUAUUCUCAUGUAAUUGAGCUUUUUCUUCCAAUUUUCGAUACAACGAUAUUAGAAGAAAGAACUCAAUUCUUCUUCAGAUGUUUCGAAGAACAAUGUGCUUCAUUCAAGGUAGAUACUCAUUUCGCAGCACAGCCAGAUCAAGGAGAAAUCACAGGCCAAUGGUAUUUUAUCUCCGCCAAUGUUGCAAAGACAGAAAACACGAUGACAAGCGAUAACCAAACAAUGGCAACUCGAACAAAUGUUUCUAUUCCUUCAGCUACAAGAACAAUUGCUCAGAUGACAACAGCAAGUAACACAGCGACUGAAUCAAGUUCAAGAAAGAAAGGUGGUCAAUCAUUCAGAGGAAAUGUUUUCUUCUUCAUGGGAAUCGUCGUUGACGCAAGUAUUAACAAAGGAAGCUUAGUUCCAUUCAUAUUAGCCGGCCAACCAAAUGAAUUGAGGACUAUUUGCGAUGAAUUGUCGGGAAUCGGAUUAGAAAUGGAUGAAGCGAAACGUGGUGAACAAAGUGAUAAGGGCGAACAAGAAAAAGAUGCUGAUAAAGACAAGAAGAAUAAAAAGAACCAGAAAAUGAAGAUAGAAACAAGCAGCACUACAUCGAAGGAGAAUGUCAAUAUCCACUUGAAAGAUGCAGAAAACAAGUGGAUGAUGACAAUACAUAAAGUACAAGCAGCACUUUCAAAGAGCUCAAGAAUCAUCUCUUCUAUUUCAUCACAAGGAGGAACAAGAUGGCCUUCAGAGAUGCACCCGAGUAAUCUAGACAUGGCAGUAAGCUCUUCUUUGUCAAGGAUGUUCAAUUCUCAGUUUGGAAUCUACGAGAAAGUUCAGCCGAUAACAGAUUGGCUUUACUCUGAAAUCUCUCCUGCAAAGAGUCAACCUUCUGCAAAACAAUAA